AUGGCUCCUCUACAAGUCGGCGACAAGCUCCCCGAGGGCGUCAAGUUCGAAUGGGCGCCCAUCACCGACAGCGACCCGACUGCCUGCGGCCGUCCCCAAGUAUACGAUGCUAGCAAGGAAUGGGCGGACAAGAAGGUCGUCCUCUUCUCCGUUCCCGGUGCCUUCACCCCGGGUUGCCAAGCGUACCAUCUGCCACCCUAUAUCGCAAAGGCCAAGGAGUUCAAGGAGAAGGGUGUUGAUAUCAUUGCUACCAUUGCAAGCAACGACAGCUGGGUCAUGAACGCUUGGGGUAAGGUCAACGGCGUCAAGAACGACGAGGUCCUUUUCCUCAGCGACACCAAGACCUUUUUCUCCAAGGAGUACGGUUGGCCGGCGGGUAUGGGCGACCGCAACGGUCGCUGGGCAAUGGUCUUCGACCACGGCAAGGUCAUCUACGCUGAGAACGAGAAGAGCCCCGGCGAGGUUUCGGUCUCCGGUGCCGACGCCGUUCUGGCUAAGUUGUAA